AAAAAUGCUGCCCUACAGUUACGAUGAAUCUAGUAAUGAUCUAGACAUAUCUAUACCAGUGGAUGAAAGUCUAUCAUUGAUGGAUCUAUUUCAUGAUAACGAGAUCAUGGAGGACUUAAGUCUUACAAAUAUUGAGCUCUUAGCGUAUUUAAAGCUGCCUAAAUAUUAUAACGCAGCGUUGGACACUUUGUUAGAUCUCACUCCGGGAAUGGAUGAUUUUGAGAGCUAUAAGGCUCCCUAUUUGGCAAGUGUCUGCAUGUGGAUUUUACCUGAGUCAUCAAUGAAGGUUUUAUUUGCUGAUUACAGUCAGUUCGAUCGUGUGUUUAAUUGUAUCUUCAGCAAGGAUAUAUCUGCUUUUCGUCAGGGUUUAUUCUUCAAUAUGUUUGAGCAGCUAAUUUCGAUCGUUCCCGAGGAGCUUUACCAGUACCUUUCCACCAAUUCGGAUCACCUGCUCGCAAGCUUUGCAUCAAAUUUCGAUAAAAUCUCGAUUGUCAACAUAUUCCGCAUUCUUCUAGACACUCCUAUAACUUCAACUCUCAGCGAUGGAUCGAUUCUAGAAGGUCCCUGGUGGCAUGACAGCAAUCAUCUCCUCUCUCUCCUCAUCUCCUCCCUCGCCUCUCCCGACUGUGCCCCGAACAUCGAGCUCCUCUUCUACACCAUCCUCACCCGCGGUCUGCCCCUCGAACCGGUCAAAAUCCACACCUGUGACUUCGUGCUCCCGCCUCUUCUUUCUUCGUCUUCCCUCCGCUCCCUGCUUCGCACCGCCCUCUCGUCUCCCAGCGAGGACGUCGCUUACGCCGCCUUCCGCGUGCUCACCAGGAUUUUCUGGGACUCCAUGAAGGAAGCAGAAGCCGGAAUGGGCGGGCACGAAGCGUCCAAUAAGAAAACGCACGCGGUACUCAUGUCUGCGUGGGAAACGGAGCGAAACGCCCUCAAAAACGUGCUUAGCGAUUCGGAGAUCCAGCGCGUUUCCCCCGCGGUGAAGGAGUUUCUUCCGGAGCUCCAUGCCUUCAUUGACUCGAAGCGUUCCGGAGAUAACCCCAAAUGUCCCAAAUCGAUUCUGGGAUUGGGCCAAUUUCUCCGCUAUUAUUUGAUUCGCUGCUCCCCCGAAGAAUUCGAUUCCGCCGUGCAGGCCCAUCUUCUCGACGACCUUCUCUCGCUGUUCCCGCGGUUCUCCGCGUGUUCGCUGCUGCACUAUCAUCUGAGCCAGCUGCUCCGCAAGGUUCUGAAGCAGGACGCCAAGCAGCGCGCGCUUCUUUUCUCCACCGGCUUCCUUUCCUUCGUCGAGCAGCACGUCGACGACACUCAGCCGUACCGCGGGCCGCUUCGUCGCGUCGUUCGCAGCCUCGCCAAGGCCAAAACCGGCCUGCUUCGCCAGCUCCGCGCGCUGCUCCACCCCGACUGGCUGCUCCCGGAAAUGCUCAGCGGAAGCUCGGCAGUGCCCACCGUGAUGGUGCAGCCGGUGAGUGCGGAAUUGCCGACGGAAAAAAAGGAGGAAGAAGAGGAGAACGACGAGAUCGAGGUGGUGAAAGUCCCGGAUUUUGGCGUGGGGAACGAAGUGGAGAUGGUCGAUUUGCCCGAAUUCCCCGCGAUUCCCGGGAUCACAUCGAUCGUGCCGCCUGUACCGGAGCUUGUGGGCCCUAUUGACCCGAAUGAUGGGAUGGGGGUUAUGGGACAUAUGGAUGGGUUUGACCCGAAUGGGGAGAUGGGAAGGGGGACGAAGAAGGGAAGUUUGGCGGAUAGUCUGCAGCUGAAGUUGGAGGCGAUGGAGGGAAGGGUGGAUGAGGAUGAGGUCUUCGGGCUGGAGGAUAGCUUUAAACGGUUCCAAAACGCGUUGGAUAAGAAGGAAGAGGAGGAAAAGGAUGAUAGGAACGAAUUCGAGAAGAAAGAGGAUUUUAACAACGCUAGCGAUUCGUCAGAUUCGGAUCUGGAUCUGAAUGCAAUCCCGCUUUAGUGGCUUGGUAUUGUU